AAGGAAGGAGUAAAAAAUAUUAGUAGGAGAUAAAGCAACAGUUGGUGUAAUUGGAGUUGAGAGUGGAGGCAGCGAAGAGGCGGAGCGAGUAACAAAAUUUGCAUUAUUGAAUUGAAUUCCUCUGUUCUAUUCGAUUCCAUGCGAGACAGAGACAGAAGAAAAGAAUAAAUUAUAAAAGCAGCAGCAAAGAGUCUUGAUCUUGAUCUGGUGGCAAACGAUGGCGUUUCGUGGUCUCGGUGUGUUGUUGGUGUUGUUGUUUGUGAUUGGCGCGGGCGCCGACGAUGCCAAACGCGACGACGACAGGGCUCCCAAGUCGGAAUCCUGCAAUAACCCCUUCCAACUGGUGAAGGUGGAGAACUGGGUGGAUGGUGAGGAAGGGCAUAUUUAUAAUGGCGUCAGUGCUAGAUUUGGGUCUGUGUUGCCGGAGAAACCUGACAACAGUGUGAAAACUCCAGCAAUAUUCGCUGAUCCCUUAGACUGCUGUUCCAAUUCAACUUCAAGGUUAUCUGGCUCAGUUGCUCUCUGUGUGCGUGGGGGUUGUGACUUCACAGUUAAAGCUGAUUUUGCACAGUCUGUAGGUGCUACUGCCAUGUUGGUCAUCAACGACGCACAAGAUCUCUUUGAGAUGGUUUGCUCCAAUAGCACUGAAGCUAAUAUUUCAAUUCCAGUAGUCAUGAUAACAAAGUCAGCCGGACAAAGUCUCAACAAGUCUUUGACAUCUGGAAGCAAAGUGGAAAUUUUGUUAUAUGCUCCACCUCGGCCACUUGUAGACUUCUCAGUUGCAUUUUUGUGGUUGAUGUCUAUUGGAACAAUUGUAUGUGCUUCACUAUGGUCAGAUCUAACUACCCCAGAGAAGUCUGAUGAACGCUAUAAUGAAUUGUGUCCCAAGGAAUCUUCUAAUGCGGAAACAGCAAAAGAUGAUUUGGACAAGGAAAUUGUUAACAUUGAUUCAAAGGGUGCUGUCAUAUUUGUCAUAGCAGCGUCUACCUUUCUUGUGCUAUUGUUCUUCUUUAUGUCAUCUUGGUUUGUCUGGGUGCUGAUUGUACUUUUCUGCAUUGGUGGUAUUGAGGGUAUGCACAAUUGUAUUGUAAGCCUCACUUUAAGAAAAUGCCAAAAUUGUGGUCAGAAGACAGUGAGCUUACCUCUAUUUGGGGAGAUUUCUAUUUUCUCACUGGCAGUAUUGUUAUUCUGUGUGGCAUUUGCAAUUUUCUGGGCUGCUACUCGACAGGAAUCAUAUUCAUGGAUUGGCCAAGAUAUCCUUGGCAUCUGUUUGAUGAUAACAGUCUUGCAGUUGGCUAGAUUACCUAAUAUUAAGGUUGCAACUGUACUCCUUUGUUGUGCCUUUGUCUAUGACAUUUUUUGGGUAUUCAUAUCUCCAGUGAUUUUCCACGAGAGUGUUAUGAUUGCCGUUGCUCGAGGUGACAAGGCUGGUGGAGAAGCAAUUCCUAUGCUUUUGAGAUUUCCUCGUCUUUUUGAUCCCUGGGGAGGUUAUGACAUGAUUGGAUUUGGAGAUAUUCUGUUUCCUGGUUUGCUUAUUUCCUUUGCUCAUAGAUUUGACAAAGAUAAUAGGAGGGGAGCAUCAAAUGGAUAUUUUCUUUGGUUGGUAGUUGGUUAUGGCAUUGGCCUCGUUUUGACAUAUAUGGGACUAUAUCUGAUGAAUGGAAAUGGACAACCUGCACUUCUCUACCUUGUUCCAUGCACACUAGGUGUCACAGUCAUAUUGGGAUGUAUAAGAGGUGAGUUGAAGAGCCUUUGGAAUUAUGGCACAGACUCAUCGUUGUCCACAGAGCCCUCUGGCUCUGAAGUUUAAAUGAUCACGUUAUUCACCUUUUGAGGAUUGAAGAAACUGAACUGCAACUUUAGGCAAGAAAGACACCAGGUGUACAGGCUCCGUAACUAUCUUCUGUAUUAAUGAUUGAGUGCUCUUUAUGGCUGCGUCAUAUUAUACUACAUUUCUCUUGUAUAAAGGAUGAAAAGCAGAUGGAAAAGUACGUAUUCAAAAUUCACCAUACUGAACUUCUGCCACUGCCGUAGUGAAAAUUGAAUCGAGCUAAUCAUCAUUUUUCAUUUC